AGCUCCAAGCGGCUUGAACUUCUUUGCAAGCGAUCUACAGGCCCUCCCCCGCUCUUCCUGUACUCUUCCCACGCACCCAGGGGGCCACCGCCAUUCUGCGACCAUGGCCACUACUGCGGAGCUCAUGCGAGUAUGUGCCCCGUUAUACCCGUCCAUCGCCCUAGAGAGCGCGGCGAACAUCGGGCUGUUCCUUUUCUUCUCGUAUCUAUCCAUCCUCAUCUCCACGAAGCAGCAGGUGAAGACGCCUGGGAGGGCGAUUUGUCGGAUGGUAGGGAGCGGCCUGCAGGAGUGGGCGGAGGACACUUGGAGGGUCUUGCGCAGGUGGCCUCACAUGCACAUGAUGGAGCUCGGCCAACGCUUCCGCUAUUGCCGGAGGCUCAACGCGACUAUCUGUCGAGUAUCAGCCUUCAUCGCGCUCAUUACGAUCACCCGUUGGUUCCACGUCAACAACGUGAACGGCUUUCGCUACCUCGGGUAUGCCCUCACCUGCCCCCUGAUGCAGGCCGAGCUCGUGCUGCUCAUCGCGCCGUACAUUCGGUGCUACAGGCUCUUGGCGGUCUUCUCGUGCAUGAUCACUUUCGGCAUGCUCGUCACCGGCUACGUUGCGUCCCAGUUCGAGGGGCAGAUGUGGAAGACCAGCUUCGCGGACUUUUAUGACGAAGCCCUGGAAGGCAAUCUGGACAGUCUGACCACAAAGGGAUGGUGGUUGAUGCCGAGCAUGCUGGCACUGUGCUUUCUCUCCUUUGUGCAGAUCCCAAUUCUUGGCCUCGUGUACUACUGCAGCGGAGGCUCGAAGAACGAAGACCUGCCGAAGGGCUACCCGAAGCUCCUGGUGAUCACGUCUCUCUCGUGGCUGGGCUUCCCCCUCUGGUGGUUCCUGUCGUUCGAGGGGGCCAGCAUCAUCACGGAGGCCAGGUGGAAUGCCGUAGGCUUUGUGACCCUCAACAUGACCAGCAAGGGCGGCUUCACCAUGCAGAUGAUGAGCAUGGUGAAGGCGUGGAAGCGCCAGCAGGCCCAGAAGCCAAAGUGCCAGGCCCCCCCAGGAUCCGACGGGCUGCGGGAGCGAAGGCCCAGCAUCGCGACGCUGCCCGAGCUGGACGCCCCCGCGGUGCAGGCCGCCUUGGUCGCCCCUGUGGUGCGGGCCGACAGGAGGAUCCAGACGGGCCAGUCGCUGCAGUGGUUCGUCGACGCCAUGAAGAAGUGGGAGCCAGAGGGGCAGGACCCCACGGCCUCGGGGGCGCAGGCGGCCGACGCGGGCCCAGAGGCCGAGGUCGAGAGAGUGGUGAUCACGGACCCGGGCCAGCUCAAUGAUGAGCAGCUCAUGCAGGAGAGCUGGGGAAGCGCCUGGCCGCGCACCAGCCGGGCCAGUCCACUCCGAGGACCGCGCUGAGCCACUCCAUCCGCAAGGCGUGCACGAAGAUUCUCGAGGCCGAAGAGAGCGAGGACGACGAGUGAGCGGCUCAGCAGGGGCGUCUGGUGGUGACCACCAGAGGGCCUCGGAGCCGAACGACAAAACACCAGCACGAGCAGGAUUUCUCGCAGGGCCGCGCGAAUUCCCUGGAUCGGCGCCAGGCCCCCUGCGACGCGCGCGUGCCCGUGCCGCUGGCGUGACGGCAUCGGUAUAGCCUUGCGGUCGGCCGAGCUGUCACCGUGCUCGCGGCACCACUCGUUGCUCUGGUGGUCCUUCUUGUCCGCCUCGUGCGGGGCUGUAGCCUCCGCCUAGGCAGCCCGCCGGCCCCUCCCUGGGUCUCCCAGGUUUGGCGCCGAGGGCGCCUGAGGAGGAAGAGGCACGUUCAUCUCGUCUUCCUCUUCUCCUCCUGCUCCUCCUGCUUCUCCUCUCCUCUCCCUCGUUUCUGACUCGCGGCAGCCUGCGGGAGGCGGCAUGCUCGCGAUUUCUAUUUAUGACCUCUGUAGGUUCCGGCCAGAGCCAAAGAUGGCACCCGCUGUUCUCCAAUUCGCAGCACCGCUCCCUCGGCGGCGCGCCGAGGGGGGAAGAGCCAAAGGGAGGGGCUCCUCUGCCUUCCCCCCGCUGGGGUGCGCCGCCAGCGCACGGUGCACCAGUCGUGUCGACUCAUAUUUUUCAAGGCUGGCCAACCCCCGUUGAUCAUUCCGGAAAGGGGGCGGUCCUCCACCCCCCCACGACUAUCUACACGGAU